GUUGCAUUCCCCAACCUCCCCAGCUCCUCCUUGACCUCCUCUUGCUUUCAUCAACUUCAUACUCUACUGCAAUUCACAAUCCCUGGCCAUCGCUUCUUUCGGGCCCAAUCUUUUUUCGUCUUUUCGUUUUUAUCUACCACCCGCUCUCAAGCUUCCCCGCAUUAAGAUUUGAGCUCAGGUGGGAAGCUCUGUGCUAGCUACCAAGGUUCUUCCCUCGAUUCAAGCCGAUUGAUAUGACAAUCCGCCCUAUGAAGUUCACACCCGAGGUCCUCCUCGGCGCCCCCAGGCGGUCCUCGGCGGUCCCCAACGCUGCAGGCACCCUCGCCGUCUACACCCAAACAUCUUACUCAUUUGAGUCGCAUUCUAAGACAAACGAAAUCCGCGUCAUCGAAAUUGACACUGGCCGAUCGGCGCUUGUCACCAAUGACCCCGGUGCCAGCAACCCGCAGUGGCUGAGCGAUAGCGACGAGCUUGUCUGGUUGAAGACCAAGUCCAAUGGCAACACGAGCUUCAUCGUCGGCCAUGCGCGCGAGGCCGAUAAAACAUACACUGCCGGUACCGUCCCUGGCCCAGUGUCGGACUUGAAGGUUACUGUUAUCGAGCCUGGCAAGAUUGGCUUUGCUGUGUCGGGCAAGGCCAACCCGGACGGUUCGCUGUUCAACCCGCACGAUGCGAAGAAGUCACACACUACGGGGCGCCUUUACACGUCCUUGUUUGUGCGGCAUUGGGAUGCGUACAUUGACCCGCAGAAGAAUGCCAUCUGGUAUGGCCUGCUUGAGCAGACGCCCUUGGUGCCGGCGCGCAGAUUGGCUGGCAAGUACUCGGUCUCGGGUCUCACGAACUUGAUCUCGGUGUCCGGACUGGGCAAGGUUGAAUCGCCGAUUCCCCCAUUUGGCGGCACUGGUGAUUUCGAUAUCAGUCCAUCGGCUAUCGUAUUCAUCGCUAAAGACCCGGAUCUGAACCCGGCUACGCAUACUGCCUGCUCAGCCUACUAUGCCCCAAUGUUCUCGUGGACCAGUAUGAGCGUCUCGGAUAUCAAGCCUUGCAAGGUGACGAGCCUCCAGGGUGCAAUGUCUUCGCCCGUACUGUCACCAGAUGGUGGAUCUAUCGCUCUACUAACCAUGCAGAAAGACGGGUACGAGUCGGAUAAGAAUCGAAUUAUCUAUGUUCCAAACCCAUGGAGUGGUGAGAUGUAUGAAGUUUUUGAGACCGAGGAUGGAAAGGGUGAUUGGGAGCUGAGCCCUUCCGCUGUCGCCUUUGCUCAGGAUGGCAAGUCGCUCCUCAUCCAGGCUGAGGACCGCGGCCGUGGAGUCUUGUACCAGCUGCCAUUGAAUGGUAUUCGAAGUGCCAAGCCUGACUCGCUGAAAAAGCUUACACACGAGGGCUUUGUCAAUGAUGUCGUCCCCGCUGCGGCCAAGACAUCCAAACUCUUUGUCUCUAGUUCCAGCCUAGUGGACAACAGUGUGUGGUCCAUCAUUGACCCGGCUCAUCCAAAGUCAACUCAGCUUGUGUCGUCGAACUGUCGAGGAGGAUCUGCCUUUGGGCUUUCACCAGCCCAGGUGGAUGAGAUCUGGUUCAAGGGAGCUGAAGGCCAUAAGGUGCACGCCUGGGUAGUGAAACCAUCCCAUUUCAAGCCCGGGGACCGAUACCCGCUGGCCUACCUGAUCCACGGUGGUCCUCAGGGUGCAUGGAAUGAUCAGUGGAGCACGCGGUGGAACCCAGCUGUGUUCGCCGAACAAGGAUAUGUCGUUGUUACGCCCAACCCGACUGGCAGCACAGGCUACGGGCAGGACUUUACCGACGGAAUCCGUGGUGAAUGGGGUGGUCGACCAUACGAGGAUCUUGUCAAGGGCUUCCAGUAUAUUGAGCAAAAUCUCCAAUACAUCGAUACUACCCGGGCUGUCGCGCUGGGUGCAUCCUACGGUGGCUACAUGAUGAAUUGGAUCCAGGGCCAUCCCCUUGGCCGCAAGUUCAAGGCUCUGGUUACUCACGACGGCGUGUUCAGUAUGACCUCGCAGCUGGCCAGUGAGGAGCAGUACUUCCCGCUGCACGACCUGAAGGGUCCUAUCUGGAAGGUCCCGGAGAACUGGGCAAAAUGGGAUCCAUCGCGAUUCACUGAAAACUGGGACACCCCCCACCUGAUCAUCCACAAUGAGCUGGAUUACCGCCUUACCAUCGCCGAAGGCCUUGCCGCGUUCAACGUGUUGCAGAUGCGAGGUGUCGAGAGUGCUUUCCUAACCUUCCCUGACGAAAAUCACUGGGUGUUGAACCCGGAGAAUUCUUUGAUGUGGCAUCGGACUGUGCUUAACUGGAUUAACAAGUUCGUCGGACUUCCGCCAGUCGCAGAUGAACCAGACCUUUCUUCAGGUGUUGCAAAUAUGUCUUUGUGAGAAGUACGUAUCGACUGUUGGCGUGCACAUGAUAAUUUCGCAGGAUAUUUUGGGUUACCUUGCGUCUGCUUGCAUUCGCGGGAUUUUUAUUUUCGGACGAUCCUCGUCUCGGGAGCGAACAAAGGAUGGUAUCUAUACAACUUUGUGAAGCUUUCUUUUGGACAAAAUUUCACCCUUUCGUCUUAUUUGAAUUGGUAUGAUUCUGAACAGAGAAGAAUGAAUAUAAUUGAGUUCUCAAGGAAGACUAUUCUUUCCCCCGAUUUCUAAGACCCCU